AUGUUCCGAAUGAACCUGGGGAUCCGUUCGGCCCAGGCGUCGCGAGCUUGCCUCAGAACCUUGGGAACUACACGCAGCCAUGCUACAGCCACCGCCCCAGCCAAACUUCCAUUAGACGGUGUCAAAGUGCUGGAUUUGAGCAGGGUACUUGCAGGUCCAUAUUGUACACAGAUCCUUGGUGACAUGGGUGCGGAUAUCUUGAAAGUAGAACAUCCGGUUCGUGGUGAUGAUACGAGAUCCUGGGGCCCACCGUAUGCGCCCCGUUUGGACGGCGCCGAUUCUGCUAUUCCUGCUGGUGAAAGCGCAUACUACCUCUCAAAGGUUGACGUUGUCGUGGAGAACUACCUUCCUGGCUCCCUGAAGAAGUACGGCUUGGACUAUGAGACGCUGAGAAAACUCAAUCCCAAGCUCAUCUACGCGAGUAUCACUGGCUAUGGCCAGUUCGGACCAUACAGCGAUCGCGCGGGCUACGAUGUUAUGGUUGAGGCAGAAAUGGGGUUGAUGCACAUCACGGGGUCUCGUGAUGGUCCUCCUGUCAAGGUCGGUCAGUGCUCAUCACGAAGGAGAGAGAUAGCGGGCGUUGGGGAACAGCUCAUCGUAACUUCCGUCGUUCCUUACAGGGCGUUCAAGUCAUCGGACGGUGACAUUCUUUUCGGGGGAGGCAACGAUCGAUUGUUCGCCAUCCUAGCAAAGGGCCUGGGUAGGCCGGAAUGGGCUGCUGAUGACCGCUUUGCAACCAAUUCAGCCAGAGUCAAGCACAGAGAUGUGCUAGAGAAGUGGAUUGAAGAUGUCACUAGCACAAAGACCACGCAAGAGUGGCUUGACAUCUUUGACGGCACUGGCUUGCCAUAUGCCAAGGUCAAUGAUCUCAUGGACACCACUCAGCAUCGUCAUGUGAAAUACUCUAGAUCGCAGCCGACAAUUCGAUCCGCGCCUCCCCUUCUCGGGCAACAUACUGACGAAGUUCUGAGAGAGGAGCUUGGUUUAAAUGAUGCAGAUAUUGCCUUCCUUCGCCAAGGUGGUGUGGUUCGGUAA